GCUCGAGUGCCAUGUAUUGAUCAAGUUUGCCUCACGAGCAAUCAGUUCUGAUGGCACUUGGAGUCAUAUUAGCCUGCCUCCUAGCCUUGGGGGUGGCUGGCUUCGGGCAGCAGCGUUGGAUCAUCAAGAAUGGAUACCUCAAGUACAAGCAGAGUCCACAGUACUGUGCUGGCUUGCGCGAAGGAAUAGUGAAAAACGGUGUGGACAUCAUCUUGUGGCAUUGUACCAAGAAGGCACAACACAAGUUCAAAGUGAGUGGGAAGUACAUCCAGUAUGAGGCUGAUCCGUCCUACUGCCUCAGUGUUCGGGAAGGAAAGGCUGGAGAUGGAUCUGACAUCAUUCUGUGGAAAUGCGAUGAUGCCCCUGCCUUUCACUGGGACGUAGAUGGUGAAUUCAUCAAGUACAAAGCAAAGCCACACUUCGUCAUGAGUGUACGGCAAGACAAUGCCAUGGACGGAGCGGAUGUGAUCCUUUGGGAAGCUGCUUCCAUGCACGACAAAUGGAUCUUUGAUGGCAAAGCAAUCAAGAUGAGUUCAGACCAGUCCAUGUGCCUGGGAUUAAGUCACAAACCGGGUGACGGCACCAACGUGAUCGUCUCCCGCUGUGGGAUCAUGACGAUUAUGAGCCGAUGGGUCAGAGAUGGCAAGUUCAUCAAAUGGGACUCUGACCCAAGGUUGUGCCUCUCCAUCCGCGAGGGGCGCAUCAUGGAUGGACAGGACAUCAUUCUCUGGACAUGCAAUGACAGCCCGGAGUUCCAUUGGGAGGUGUCCGGUUCUUACAUCCAGCAUGCGGCGAACCAGGACUACUGCCUUUCUACUCGUGAAGCGAGUGGACGCAGGGACCAAGCCAAAGCAAUGCUUUGGUCCUGCAAGGCCAUGGAACCUCUGGGACUGCCGGUCAGCGCUGAUCAGAGGCAGCAGGCCAUGGCCAGUGAGAACACUUGGCUCAUCCAGGGAUCUUUCUUGAAGUCCGCGUUAGAUGACAAGUACUGUGCUAGCGUCCGACAGGGGGAGGUGACUGAUGGUGCCGAUAUCAUCAUGUGGCAUUGUCGGGAUACCCACGAGUUCAAAUGGACAGUGGAAGGCAAUCAAAUCAAGUUGGUAUCGAAUCCCAACUACUGCAUGGGUGUACGUGAGGGCAAGGCGGGUGAUGGCUCGGACGUCAUCCUUUGGAGCUGCAACAGCGAUCAUGCCUUCCGGUGGAAGGUGGAUGGUAGCUCCAUUGUGUACAAAAGAGACCCAAGAUACUUCAUGACAGUGAGACAGGGACGUAUUGGAGAUGGUGCUAACGUGAUCCUGUGGUCUGGCUAUAUCAACCCCUUCCUCUUUACAUUUGAUGGCCACUUGAUCAAACCAAAAGCAGAUCCAAGCAAAUGUGCAACUUGACGAUGAAUGCACCUUUGCAGUCGGAGGCAGGUUUGAAACAGAGUCAGAGAUGAACAUGGACGAGCUCAACGAAACUCGGCCUGUUUGCUAGACCAAAUAGUUUUGGUGAUGAUCUUUGUCAAAAGAGAUGCCAACCCUGAAUAUCCUUAUGCAACUCAUACACUUUUUCAUUAAGUAUACGUUUUGGGACUGGUUAGCAGUUAGUAAAGAACUUUGAAACAUUCUUUCCCUUCCCAAAACCUUCGCGCCGCCUGACUUGGAACAUUCGAAGUUGGACCUCGCAGGUGACUGAAGAAGGUUCCAAGGUCAAGAUUUUGGUGUGUUUGGGCAGGUUCCCGUUUCGAGGCGCAACUUGCGCAUAUUUAACGCAUCAUCAUGUUGCUUUUUUAAAGACGUUUUGGGGCAAGGAGAAACUCUGGUGUUGUGGCUUUUGGGUGGUUGUUUCGCAAAACCCCCGCAGAGGUUGAAGAUCUCAGUUCCUUUUGGCAACCAUGCAAAGGGAAGGUUCAUAAUAUAAACAGGGGACUUCAAGAUUGCAGGAGAGCAAAAGGCAUAGUCACAUUGCUUCUGACAUGAAACUGGCUUUGCCCUCGACGCGCACAGUGGGCUGUUGGGGAAGCAAUAUAUAUAACAAUUACAAUAUUACGUCAACAUAUGCUUGAACACCCUCUCCACCCAACCCACCAUUGAGGUCUCUGUGCGAGAAAACAAAGUUGGUGAUGGUCGCAGCCCAAGAAGAUUUCCUCGUCACUAGCUGCCUAAAGUGAC